GACUUGUGGUUGUGGGACACUGAGACGUAAUAUUGGCUUUGUGAUCAUGCAUAAACAUUUUUACAUGACCUUUUUACUGUUUGAGAAUACAAGCGAAUAAAAGAUACUGUUUAAAAACACGCUUUUUUUUUUUUUGGGAUGAACAGAAAACUCUGUUAAAGAGGAAAGACAAAACUACAACACCCUGCUGGACUCUCCCAAAAUAAUUGAAGAGAAACAAUAUGGGGCUAUAAUAACCCUAGCCAAAAGAGCCAAAAAAAUUACAGGAUAAGCACCAUUUAGAUAAGAUGUGGGUUGCCUCAUUACUCAGCCUAGGGACCCAGAAUACAGAGACAUUACUAGAGAGAAAUCAAGGACUUCAAAUCAGAGCAUAGGGACUUGAUUCUCCAAGGAGGGGCACUACCAAAUUUGAAAAAAGCUAGACAACAGAUUGAGAAUCAGACUCCACAAUGACAGAUUCGCCAACCAAAGCAGGGGCUAAGGAAAUUGCCCAUCUAAUUACUUCUGCUUCAACCUGGAGAGGGAGGGUUGUGUUCACUUUUAUGGAGCCAACAAAUACCAACUCCCCUCUCUUGUCUCUCACAACCGCAGCGAUGGCAGAGAAGCGAGGACCCACUGCUGCAUCAACAUUUAUUUUUAUGUCCAGCCUGAAGGGAGGAAUCAAAACCUGAGGAGGGGCAAAAACCAGACGUCUUGAAGUGGAGGCUCUUGAAUUUGAUGGGGACCCAAACUCAAUGGCUUACAUUCUCAACUCCCACUAACUCUCUUUAGAAGGCAGCACGCUUUAUAUUUGAUGAUGCACAGGAUCGUCAGUAACAGUGAGUAGAUGGAACCCUUCGUUGUGCGAGAGAGUAUGCUUAAUGAUGGUCACCGGUGUGGUGCCUGCCACAACGUCUCCGAUGCCAAAGUUAGAAUGAUAAAAAAAUAGAAAUCAAGAUGUGGGUCUGUGUUUGUAUAUCUCGUACCUUCUAUUGAUUGUGUGGGAGCUUUAUACCUGUGACCUUGGGGGCUAGCCGUUGGGGUGGUUAAUGCUUUCUCAAGUAACGCCCUUGGUCCAAUAAUGAUACUUUUAAGAGGUUCCCAACGGUCUGCUGGGUUGAUUUCGUAACUGCUCAGGUCAUUGAUUGACUGCAUUGAAUGACUCCCUGCCUUCGUCAGUGAUGAUAGCUUUCUUCGUUGUUCCUGAUGACUUCGUCAAGGAUACUUCCUUCGUCAUUAGUGUUAUCUUCGUCUAGGGAUGUAGAAUCGUCAUUCCCAUCAAUUGCCCCCCAGGUUCUGGGGUCGUCGGUGACGUGUCAUGACGAUCACAGAAGAUGAAAAGUUUUUCUUAUGACUCUUGGGGUUCUGUUCCGCUUUUAAUGCUUAGUGGCGGCGCUACACGCAAUCAUGGCCACGUGGCGCAUGAUGAUCUGUGGAAUUAAUGAUAUGACCCUUGGGUUUCCCGCUGGUUUUUCAAUCGCUUUUUGGUCUAAGUUUAAAACUUCUCCUCUUUAAUUUUUCUUUUACUUUUCAGAGAGCAAAGACAGAAAAUUUCCCAGUGAUACUCUGAGCGUUCUCUUGAGACUUCCUUUCUUCUCCAAAUCACCUUGCGCUGUGUUUUUGCUGUUCCGCCAUUGGAGUUAAGAGACGACCUAGGCUUAAGAGCCAGUAUAAGAAGCGCAUCGAGACUGCGAUCGGGUACGCGGAGACGAUUGAGAGCUGGGACGAACUGGUUGACCCCCGGUCUCUUGCAUUUUACAACCUCAGUCCCGACCCGUCACCUUACGUUCUUCGUCAACUUGGUAUUGAAGGCAAAAAGAAGAUGACGACAAAAUUUAACAAGGACAUGUACGCGAAGAUGAGAUCGAAGAAGGACGAGCCGCUGUCCAAUCUGGGGAAGAAGAUUGUGCGCAUGACCGGGAAGGGCCCUGCUCCUAUUCCCCUUAGUACCAUUCCUCCCGUGGCUCCUGAGACGAUGAGGACUGCCUCUCCGACUACGUCAAUAGAGGAGAUCGCUACUCCUGGCUCCAAAAGGCAGCACGUGGCUGGUAAAGGGAAGGAGAAGGAGAAGGCUGACAUUCGUUCGUCAACAAUAUGGGACGACGAAAGGUUGGCCGUGGACAGGGCUCACGAGGUUGUCACCCCAGCGGACUUAAGGGCUCUUUCAGACAUGUCUUUGAACGACGUCGUCCCUCGUCAUGUUCAUAAGCUCGUCCAGGUGUUGGGAGAGAGCCUCCAUAUUACCACUGAGUAUCUCACCCAAGAGGCCAAGGUUGUGUCUCUGACAACCCGGAUGGAGGCCCUGGAGAAAGAGAACUCUGAUCUGAAGAAGAACCUUAUUACCUCCAUGGACGAGGCGACCUCAUUGAAGGAGAAGGUUAAAGUGUUGGAUGACGACCUCAGGGUUGAACGCAAGUUGACUCAAGAGAAGGAUGAGCAGCUUCUUUCAGCCAAGGAGAAGCUUGCAACUAUUGCUGCCAGGUCGGUGGAGGCCUUCCAGACCACUGACGAGUACAAUACUGUAUUCUUCAGUUGGUAUUUUAAAGGUUUCGAGCUUCUUAGGAGGUAUCUUGUCAAGCAUCCUUCUGGGGUCAACAUGGAGAGCUUGGACCUGGAGGAGGUAGAUAAGGAGAUGGCUCUGGACGAAGCUGCUCAGUCCUUCGCCCCAGAUGGUGAUGCUCCAGAGCCUGCCACCGACGCACCUGCCGUUGAGGACGCUGCUGCCGAUGCCUGACCUUGUCACUUAGAAAAUUUUUUGUUGUAUUUUU